UUGACACAGAUGUCAUUGUCCUGGCCCAGUUCCUUCUUGGUGACCGAGGUUCUCCUGGCCUCUUCCAUCUUCUGCCUAUUAUUCUGGGUGGUCAAGGCCUGGCAGCCUCAGGUCCCCAAAGGCCUAAAGAGUCCACCAGGGCCCUGGGGCUGGCCCCUACUUGGACACAUACUGACCUUACCACACCUGAUGCUGUCACGGCUGAGCCAGCAUUAUGGGGACGUGCUGGAGAUCCACAUUGGCUACACACCUGUGCUGGUGUUCAGUGGCCUUGACACCAUCCAGCAGGCCCUGGUGCGACAGGGCGAUGAUUUCAAGGGCCGGCCUGACCUCUACAGCUUCACCUUCAUCAGUAAUGGCCAGAGCAUGACCUUUAACCCAGACUCUGGACCAGUGUGGGCUGCCCGCAGACGCCUGGCCCAGAAUGCCCUGAAGAGUUUCUCCAUUGCCUCAGACCCAGCUUCCUCAUCUUCAUGCUACCUGGAGGAACAUGUGAGCAAGGAGGCCGAGAUCCUCAUUAGCAAGUUCCAGGAGCUGAUGGCAGGGGCUGGAUGCUUCUAUCCAUAUAACCAGGUGGUGGUGUCAGUGGCCAAAGUCAUUGGUGCCAUGUGCUUUGGUCAGCACUUCCUCCACAGCAGUGAGGAAAUGCUCAGCCUUGUAAAAAAUAGCCAUGACUUUGUGGAGACUGCCUCCUCUGGGAACCCCGUGGACCUUUUCACCAUCCUUAGAUACCUGCCCAACCCCACCUUGCAGAGGUUCAAGGCCUUCGACCAGAGGUUUGUGCACUCCCUGAAGGAAAUGAUCCAUGAACGCUAUCAGAACUUUCACAAGAACAGUGUCCAGGAUAUCACAGGUGCCCUGUUCAAGCACUGUGAGAAGGACUCCAGAGGCAGCAGUGGCCUCAUCCCCCCGGAGAAGAUUGUCAAUCUUAUCCACGACAUUUUGGGGGCCAGAUUUGACACAGUCACAACAGCUAUCUUCUGGAGUCUCAUGCACCUUGUGACAAACCCUAAGGUACAGAUGAAGAUCCAGAAAGAACUGGACACAGUGAUUGGGAGGGCAAAGCGGCCCUGGAUCUCCGACAGACCCCCACCACCCUAUAUGGAGGCCUUCAUCCUGGAGACCUUCCGACACUAGUCCUUCGUCCCCUUCACUGUCCGCCACAGGCCUGCCUAUUCUGCCCUUCCAUCUCCCAUCCUCAUUAUAUUUUCUUCCCCCAGUUUCUCAGCUCUGGGCCCUGGCUGA